UCUCAUUUCUCUGCUAUGCUAUUAUCUUGAAUUAUGUGUUAGCUAAAGUCAGAUAUAGCAAAAAAUAGACCACACACAAAUGAAUCAUACCUGUUCUCAUGAGCUGAUCAAUGAGGAAUAUCAAUGUGCUCAGGUGCCAAGACACUAUGAUCGGUAGCUCUUUUGUUCGGGGAGUUUCAGGAGGAGAGAGGAAGCGUGUCUGUAUUGGCAAUGAGAUUAUAAUCAACCCUUCUCUUUUGUUUCUUGAUGAACCAACCUCUGGCCUGGAUUCUACAACUGCUUUGAGGAUCGUUCAAAUCUUACAAGACAUAGCUGAGGGAGGAAAUGACUUUGAGAUAUAUGACUCAGAGAGAACAGUGGGUCACACAGGUCAGCUGUAUAUUUCAACUUCUUAUUACAUUAUUAAAUACCAUGGAUUUUUCUAUUUCCAUGGCAUCUAG